AUGAACGUCCUGCUGCUGCCGCUGCCCUUUGCACUUGCAAGCCACGCGGCCGGCUGGCCGGCCGGCGCGACGUUUGUGCUGGCGCUGCUGCCGCUGUGCUCUUUGGCUGAGCGGCUGGGUAUGAUUACCGAGCAGCUGGCGCUGUAUACCAAUGACAGCGUGGGCGGCCUGCUGAAUGCCACAUUUGGCAACGCCACAGAGGUCAUCAUUGCAGCUUUUGCCAUAUCAAAGGGGUACCUGCGCAUCGUGAAGCUCACACUGCUGGGGUCCAUCGUGUCAAACCUGCUGCUGGUCCUGGGCUCUGCCUUCAUAGCUGGCGGUGUGCUGCACCCGAUGCAGCACUUCAACGCCAAGGGCGUCAAUGUCAACUGUGGCCUGCUGAUCCUGGCGGUGAUCAGCGUUGCGCUACCGACGCUGCUGUCUGAGACCACAAACAACCGGGCGGACUCGCACGCCGAGCUGGUACUCAGCAGGUUUGAGUCCAUCCUGAUGCUGGUGGGCUACGCCACCUUUUUGCUCUUUCAGCUCGUCACGCACAAGUUCCUGUACGAAGGGGACCUGACAGCCGGCGACCCGCCGCCCAAGCCUACCCCAAGCCAGACGACCAGCCGCAACCCCAGCCGUGCGGCCAGCGCCCCGGGUCCGCUGGGGCAGUUGGGGGAUGAAGGCGAGGACGAGGAGGAGGGGGUGCGACGCGCAGGCACGUGCCACAGCUGCGGCGGCGACGGGACGAGGCGGCCCAGGUCUGCGCUGCCGGCGGAGCAGCGCCUGCAGCAAAAGCAGCAACAGCAGCUGCAGCAGGCGCGACACGUAAAUGUGCUGGCGUCGGACUUGGAGUUGAUGCCGCUCCACACAGCAGCCGUUGAUGUCAACAGCGGGCCCGCCCAGGCGAGCGGCAGCCGCCGUGCCGCGGCGCCGCCGCAACUGAGCAAUGGGGUCGGCAGCGGCAGCAGCAGUGGCAGGGCGGACCUGCGGAUUGCGGUUGCGGCGGCGGAGGCAGCUGAGCUCGGCUGGGACGAGGGCGAGCGGACGGCGCUCAUGCCGGGCGGCGCACCUGCCGUGGAUGCCGCGAUUGAAGAGGAGGACGCGGACGAGCUGGUGCUGUCCCUGCCGGGCGCGCUGCUCUGGCUGGCGGUGAUCACGGUGUUCAUAUCCGUGCUGAGUGACGCGAUCAUGAGCUGCAUCAACGCCGCCAGCACGCAGCUGAAGAUGCCCAUGCCGUUCCUGACGACAAUUGUGGUGCCCAUCGUCGGCAACGCGGCCGAGCACGCCAGCGCGCUCAUCUUCGCGGUCAAGAACAGAAUGGAGGUCGCACUGGGCGUCGCAGUUGGCAGCAGCACGCAGGUGGCUGUGCUGAUCAUCCCCUUCUGCGUGGUGCUGGCCUGGGCCAUGGGGCAGCCCCUGGACCUGAACUUCAACGAGUUUGAGGCGCUGGUGCUCUUCAUAUCCGUGCUGCUGGCGGUGGUGGUGCUGCAGGACGGCAGCGCCAACUACCUCAAGGGCCUCAUGCUGGUCAUCACCUUCCUGUUCAUAUCCGCUGCCGCUGCGGCCGCGAGUGGCGAGGGCGGCAUCCUCAAGACCAUCGUGAGCCUGGUGCUGCACCUGGACAAGCACCUGUCGGCCCUCAUCCAGGCGCACGGCACCGCAACCUACGCGCUGCUCUGGGGCAUUGUAUUCUGUGAGACGGGGCUCGUGCUGACGCCCUUCCUGCCUGGGGACUCCCUGCUCUUUGCGGCCGGCGCGUUUGCGGGCAUGGGCCAGCUGGACGUGGGCUUGCUGUUCGCCGUGUUCAUGACCAGCGCGGUUCUGGGGGACGCCGUCAACUACGCCAUAGGGGCGCGGCUCGGCAAGUGGGCCCUGAGCAAGCAGCUGCUCAACCCGCACCACAUUGCCCAGACGUCCAAGUUCUACGCCAAGUACGGCGGCAAGACCGUGGUCCUGGCGCGGUUCGUGCCAAUCGUGCGCACUUUCGCGCCGUUUGUGGCCGGCAUAGGGUCCAUGGAGUACCCCAAGUGA